AUGCAUAUACAAAAGGCCAAUUUGAGAAGCUUGUUCAUUUCGGAUGAAUGGAACAAUAGUAAAUUUGCAAAAGAAGUCAUGGGGAAAGAAGUUGCACGCAUAAUGAUGUCUUAUACUUUUUGGAAUAAUGUUUUUCAUGCUCUUAAAAUUGGUGGGCCGUUGAUUAAAGUACUUCGUUUGGUGGAUGGAGAACAAAAACCACCCAUGGGCUACCUUUUUGAAGCUAUGGAUAGGGUUAAGGAGUCUAUACGAAAAUCAUUUAGUGACCCACAUAAGUAUGCAAAGGUCUUUGACAUCAUUGAUAAAAGGUGGGCGGAUCAACUUCAUCAACCUUUGCAUGCCGCUGGGAAUUUGUUGAACCCGUCAAGCUUUUAUGAUAAUAAUGAGAUGCGAUUACUAAAUGCAAAAGUGACGAAGGGAUUCCAUGAGAGUGUUGCUAAGUUGGUUCCCAAUAUAGAUGAGCAAGAUCAAAUAGGGGACCAACUAAGUGCUUAUACUAAUUCUGAAGGGACCUUUGGGUUUCCAAUGGCUAUAAGACAAAGAAAGAAGAAGUCUCCAGUUGAAUGGUGGAGGCUUUAUGGUGGAGACACUCCAGAAUUACAAAAGUUUGCCAUCAAAGUUCUAGGUCUAACUUGUAGCUCUUCCGGAUGUGAGAGAAACUGGAGCGUGUUUGAACAUAUUCAUAGCAAGAAGAGGAAUAGACUAACCCUAAAGCGCCUCAAUGACCUAGUGUUCAUAAAAUAUAAUAGAACAUUGAGGCGUCGUUACAAUGCUCGCAAUGUAAUUGAUCCAAUUGGUUUGGACAAUAUUGAUGAUGCCAAUGAAUGGCUCACCGGGGUUGAGAAUGCUGACGAUGAAGCAAUUUUUUAGGGAGAUUCUGAUUUCACUUUCGGUGUUGUUGCCGAGGCAAUGGGGGUAGAGGAGAACCAGUAUGGUUUAAGGGGGAAUACUUCAAGCCAACGUAGGAGGGGAAAAGAAGUAGCUACAAGUCAUUCCCUAGUUGAUGAAGUUGAAGAAGAUGAUAAUGAAAUUGAAGAAGACGAUGAGCAAUAUGGUGAUGAUGUGGGAGUACAAGAUUUUGACAAUCUUGUAGAAGAAUAAGAACUAGAUGUCGAACUAUUAGUAGCUUUGAUUUUGUUUGUCCUAUAGUCUGGAGGAUUUUGUGAUAUCCACUUUAGUUUUUUCUUUGAAAUUU